AUGACACUUCAAAGUUAUGAUGUCGUUGUGAGUUUCUUUAGUGUGGUAUUGGAUAUUUUCUUCCGUGAAAUAAGGCCUCGCGGAUCACAUAAAGUACCAAAGGAAGGGCCGGUAAUAUUUGUCGCAGCGCCUCAUGCAAACCAGUUUGUUGAUCCAUUGAUUUUGAUGAGGCAUUGUCAGAGGCACGUUUCAUUCUUGGUUGCAGAAAAAUCGAUGCGUCGCAAAUAUAUCGGAGCAAUGGCUCGUGCUGUUCAUGCAAUCCCGGUUACAAGGCCUCAGGAUUUAGCUCAAGUCGGAAAAGGACGAAUUCAACUUCUUAAUCGUAAAACCGAUCCAACUCGAAUCACCGGUAUCGGAACUGCAUUUACACAACAGUUGAAAGUUGGAUCUCGAAUUGCUCUUCCUAUGGAUCACGGCUCGUCUGAAGUAAAAGAAAUAUUAUCAGACACGGAAUUAGUUAUAAAAAGAGAAUUCAAAGAGAUAGAUGCUUUAAACAUGCUUACAGAUCCUGAAGGCACGCAAUAUAAGUGUUUUCCACAUAUUGAUCAUAGUCAAGUAUAUAAAAUCGUUUUCGAUACCCUGAAAGAAGGUCAUUGCAUUGGAAUAUUUCCGGAAGGUGGUAGUCACGACCGCACGGAAAUCUUGCCCCUUAAAGCUGGCGUGACAAUAAUGGCUUUGGGAGCUAUUGCUGCGAAUCCCGACUUGAACGUUAAAAUAGUUCCAUGUGAAUUUGGUUCUCCAAUUUCUAUUCCACCUGAUUUAGUGGAGAAAUUUAAGGAAGGAGGCUCAUCAAAAAGGGAAGCUUGUUCGAAAUUAUUGGAAGACAUUUAUAAUGGUUUAAGAGCUGUUACCGUCAACACUCCAGAUUAUGAGACGUUGAUGUUCAUACAAGCUGGACGUCGUUUAUAUAAGCCGGCUCAUAGAAGAUUACCAAUUUCUCAAAUUGUUGAAUUAAAUCGGCGAUUUGUGGCAGGUUAUGAGCAUUUUAAAGACAAUCCCAGAGUUCAAGAAAUGCGAAAGCAUAUUAUGGAAUAUAACAAAUUAUUAAAAUAUCAUGGGUUAAAAGAUCAUCAAGUUAACAGGUCAGCUAUGGGAGGAACUAGAGCUGCCGGAUUAUUAUUCUACAGAGUGAUAUUAUUAGCAACUUGGGGAAUCUUAGGGCUACCUGGCGAAAGGAAAGCCAAAGAAGCUGUCCGUGUAUCAUCUAUCAAAGUGGCAGGACGUGAUGUGCUGGCGACAUGGAAAUUACUCGUUGCUCUUGUUGUCACUCCCAUGCUUUAUGGCUUUUAUACAUUCAUUGUGGUUCUCAUUUCAUUUAAAUAUAGGUGGAUAUUAAAAUGGAAGGUUUUUGCUCCUAUCUCAACCUUUUGCACGUUGGUCACGGGAAGUUAUGCGACCAUUAGAUUUUACGAGAGUGGAAUUGACGUUUACAAAUCGAUUCGUCCACUUUUCCUGUCACUACUUCCAUGGACACGAUCUUCUAUUAAAAAUUUACGCACAGUUCGUGAGAUAUUAUCAACUGAUAUUACUAACCUUAUUAAUGAGUUAGCACCACAAAUUUAUCAUGAUUUUGAUGUUGAAAGGAUCGUUCAAGCAGCAGCAGAACGUUCUGUAAUGUCUACACUUUCAAAUAGUUUGUUCCAAUCACCAAUAAAUUGGCUAGAUGAUAGGAUAUUUAAUUGGGAAAGGCAAGGAGAAACAUCAGAAUUCGAUGAUGUAAUUUACUUUUUAGAGAAAAAUAAUGGUAGUGCAUCAGGACGUAGUAGAACAAGUUCAUGGGCUAGUGGAUCCAAUUCAAGACCUAGAAGUAGAGCAAAUUCAAUUACGUCCGGACCUCCAGGAGAAAGUUAUCGGGUUGAAGCAUUAACAGAGUUACCUAGAGGUGAACCUUUCUCAAAAUUAAAUUUAAGGACAGGAGGAUUUACCAAAAUCAAGAGUAAGGAAUCUGAAGAAGAUCCCGGAUAUCAUGGGGAUGGGGAGGAUGAUCUUAAAUUAUUUCCAAACAUAGAUCAUCAAAUUACAUUUGUUAAAUUAUUACUAUUUCCUACAUAUCGUUCAACGGAUUUUGAAGUUCAUCGAAAUUGGCUUGCUAUUACGCACAGUCUUCCGAUAUCAAAAUGGUAUUAUGAAGAUAGGAGUGAAUGGACUUUAGAUUAUCCACCAUUUUUUGCAUGGUUCGAAUGGUAUUUAUCACAAUUUGCAUCAUUAGCGGAUAAAGGAAUGCUUAAAGUUGAUAAUUUAAAUUAUGCAAGUGAUGCAACCAUUUAUUUUCAACGUACUACUGUAAUUAUGAGUGAAUUAGUAUUUUUUUAUGCAUUGAAAAAAGGAUUAUGUCAUGCAUAUUGGGCGCCGAAUUUUUGGGCCUUGUAUGCUGCGGUGGAUCGAGUGUUGAUUGUUGUUGCAAAACGAUUCGGAUGGACGUUAAAUGUAUCGGCAAUUGGUUCUAUUACAAGAGGGUUGGUUGGAGAUGUAAAUUUCGCGUUAUUGCCACAAGUUCAAGCGAAUCAUACUUUCAUUCUUACCUUGGUAUUCCAGACGGCAUCUCUUAUUAAAUUGUGGAAAUAUCCAACUUACAAGAAUUUUCUUGGAUCAUUAAUUUUGAAUGGGUACUCUUCUUUUCUAUUUGGAUGGCAUGUUCAUGAGAAAGCUAUCCUGUUGGUUAUGAUUCCUUUCAGGUAA